AUGAAGAGAGGAGCAACAAUGUUUUUUGUAGAAUCGAUGAUAUUCAUCUUUAAUCUACUUUUAUUUUCAUAUCAAACCUAUAUAGAGUAUGGAGAGAGUGCCAAAAUCUUUAAGAGAGCCAGGUAUUCCAUAAAAUCCAUUCCAUUUGUAGUAUUAUUUUUAAAUUGUUGUGCAUUUGCACUUCGAAUUCCAUUUGGUAUCAUAUGCUAUGCCUAUGAUUUCGAUGAACCUUAUGCAACCCCAACAACAUACAUGUUGUUUAUUGCAGGUGUUCAUUUUUAUACCUUGGCAUGGUUAUGGAUAUGUAGAGGAUGGAUUAAAUUAUGUGUAACAUUUUUUUCAAAAGACCAAAAGAUUGAUUACAGAAAGAGAGGAUUGGUAGACCGAUGUGUCUAUGGUGUGGCCAUUGUAUUGACAGGUUUUCUAGUCAUUAUAAUGUUAAACUAUUAUAUCAUUCCCGAUCUAUACGAUUAUGAACAGAUUACACGUUUCUUUGAUGCCAUAUCAAAAAUUUUAAUCAUAUUUGUAUUUACAUUUUAUGGUAUGACAUUGAUCCGUGAACUCCGAAAAUCCAACAAACAAUUGGAUAUUUUCAUUAGAAUGAAGAUGGUCAUGAUGUUGGUGUUGGUCAACUUUAUGGUACCAGUCUUGGCCACUCUCAACAUUCUCUACAUCUACAAGGCCAAACAUAAAACACCACAGGAUUGGUUCAAUCUCUCGUUUUUCUUUAUCGAAAUGAUGAAUAGUUAUUCGAUACUGGUAUUGUUUGGUAGAAACCCUAUACUUGCAAAGAUGAGAGAGAUGGCUGGUAUCUCUGACCUCAUUAAAAAGGUUCACAUUACACCCAACACUGGAGAGAGUGAUUUUUCAAUGUCACGUAUCACCAAAAAGAGUAGUAAUACCAAUAUUGGUGAUAGUGGAGUUGCAACCAAUUCUUCAACUAUGGUCAUCAUUCAACAAACGGUUGAAAAUGAUCAAAGAGGAGAUAAUGAAGGUGAUGAUGAUGAUAAUACAACUAAAAGUGUUGGAGUAAGUGAUGGUGCUGAUUUAUAG